AUGGGGUUCAAAGAAAGGGUACAAUGUUGUGACCAAAAAGGCUAUGUUAGUGGCCGGUUUGGUGGUGAUAAUGUACGUUUAAUUGAAGACAUUGUGACGGACAUGGAUAUCAACCAAUUAGAUGGAGCUCUAAUCGGGAUCAUAUUAUUGGACACUCAAGGAACACAGGACCCCAAAACCCCACAAAAGCAAAAUGCUGCAGUGUUUGCACUUAGCACAUUAAUGAGUUCUGUACAGGUGUAUAAUGUGAAAGACUAUGUUAACGAGGCAGACUUGCAGUUUCUUGAAUUAUUUAUUAGAUAUGGACUUGCGAUUAAAGGAGAUGAAAAGAAGCCCUUCGAGACGCUGUUGUUUCUUAUUCGGGAUUGGCGUGGUCACAGAGAGUACCCCUUUGGUGAAGAUGGAGGAAAGAAAUACCUAUCAGAGAAGUGCAUGGCAAUCGACGUCGGUAGCCAAAGUGAAGAAAAUAUUGAAGUAAGGAAAAACAUCGGUGAAGUGUUUACUAGCCUAAAAUGUUACCUGAUGCCAGCCCCAGGAGAGAAAGUCAUUGAGGGAGACCCCGAAUUGAAAGGUGUCCUUGAAGUUAGUCGCGGGGGUAAAGCGAAGGUGUCUUUCCACACCUCGCUCACAUCCCCACACUCCCUGCAAACUCGAUAUGCCACUAUAUCCCUUAUCUAUCUAACAAAGAUCCAGCUAAUUGAUGCCACUAUGAUCAUUCGAGAGUUACAACAGCUGAAAACUGAACCAAUUAUGAUGAAAGUUGUUGACAUGAUUACGGCAGCCAAUCAACCUAGUGAUAUUGCAGAUCAAAUCAGCAACAACAAU